AUGCCGGCGCCGCCAGCGGCAUCCGGUGUGCGUCGCCUGCAGAAGGAGUUACGCGACAUCACCCUGGACCCUCCACCGUAUUGUAACGCUGCUCCUUCGUCGGAAAGCAUUUUCACGUGGUAUUUCACCCUCGAUGGACUACCUCAGACGCCUUAUGAAGGUGGUCGAUAUGUUGGGGAGCUGAGGUUCCCACCUGAAUAUCCGAUGAAGGCACCCAAAAUAAUUAUGCUGACGCCGAGUGGACGGUUUGUUAUUAACAGUCCCAUUUGCCUUACCAUAACUGAUUUUCAUCCGGAAGAGUGGAGCCCAAUGUGGGGGGUGCGGACAAUAAUCACUGGUUUGCUUUCAUUCAUGGUCAGUGAGGAAAGUGGGUUGGGCGGGAUGACGGCAACUGCAGAGAGUCGAAGGGCUCUGGCUGCAGAAAGUCAUCGCUAUAAUGUGGAGCGUGUGCCGGUAUACAAGGAAUUGUUCAACAGCGAGUACCAGAAAGAUUUAAAAAAAUUGAACGAGGAAGCAGAGGCAUUGCGCAAGAACUGUGGUGACGUUAGCGAGCAUUUGGGUAACAAAACCACCAACGCAGGCAGGGCGCAGCUGCGUGGAAUCGUUGCUUCUAUCGUUGUGUUGGUUGCCCUUGCUGUGGGGCUCUUAGUGCUUAGGAAUUGA